UUUGUUCUGGUUGUGGUUAAAAAUGAAACGGGCUGUCUAUCUGUACCUGGCCCACCAUCAUCAUUUUCCAAGUUCCUCUUAUCUUUUUUCCGAAGUAUGAGGAUGAUGCAGUGACUUUCAUUUUCAACGCCAGUCUCUCUCUCCCUCUCCCUCUCUCUCCUAAGAGAAGAAGAUAAAUGGAUUGCCCAUCAGAACAUGGACAGAUGAUCACAGAGCCACUCUUGAGUAACCGAAAGGGUGGCAUCAGAACCUUACCAUUCAUCCUAGCGAACGAGGCAUUCGAGAGUCUGGCAAAUUACGGGCUGUUUCCAAACCUGAUACUUUAUUUGACAAGAGAGUAUAGGAUUGAUGCUGCAAAGGGGGCACAUGUUUUGUUCCUUUUGUCAUCUGCCAUAAAUUUCACGCCAAUUCUUGGAGCUUUUCUUGCUGAUACUUAUGUGGGUCGGUAUCGGAUGAUUGGUUUUGGAUGUAUGGCUAGCCUUCUGGGGAUGGUUCUGCUGUGGCUAACAACUUUUCCUGAAGCAAGACCGCCUCCUUGUGUCCAAUUUAGUUACGACUGCAAAUCUGCAACUACAUUGCAGCUUUUGCUUUUAUAUACAGCUUUUUGCUUUUUGGCCAUUGGAGCUGGUGGCAUAAGAUCGUCUUCCUUAGCCUUUGGUGCUGAUCAAUUGGGCACGAGCAACAGCCUUGAACAUGCUAGAAUACGAGAGAGCUUCUUCAGCUGGUACUAUGGCAUAGUUGCAGCUUCAGUGUUUCUUGGUAUGACUUUCGUUGUAUACAUUCAAGAUAACAUAGGGUGGAUGGUGGGUUUUGGAGUUCCUGUGGUGCUCAUGAUCUUGUCAUCUCUUUCAUUCUUCGUGGCUUCUCCUUCUUAUGUCAAGUCAAAACCUAAAGCAAGCUGGAUCACUGGGUUGGCUCAAGUUGUUGUGGGUUCCAUUAGAAAUAGAAGAAUCAAAUUAUCAUCCCAAGCCACUGAUAAGGUGGAUUAUCAUACUACGGGAUCAAUGCUUCUUGUGCCAAGUGAAAAACUGAGGUUCUUAAACAAAGCUUGCAUUAUUAGAAAUCCUCAAGAAGAUUUGACCCCAGAUGGAAAAGCUUCAGAUCCAUGGAGUCUUUGUACAGUAGAUCAAGUCGAAGAUCUAAAAGCACUAAUCAAGGUAAUCCCAAUAUGGUCAGCCGGAAUGCUCAAGUCUGUGAAUGUAAGCCAAGGCUCUUUUUUAGUGCUCCAGGCAUCCACCAUGAACCGACACAUUACUUCAAAAUUUGAAGUUCCUGCUGCCAGUUUCCCCUCAAUUGUGGUUCUCGUUAUCACAACGUGGGUUGUUCUCUAUGAUCGUAUAAUUAUCCCUCUAGUAUCGAAAGUCAGUGGAAAAAUCGUUUGCCUCAACUUGAAACAAAGAAUGGGUAUUGGUAUUCUAUUAUCGACUAUUUCCAUGGCAGCAUUAGCAAUCGCUGAGAGUUUUAGGCGGGCAACUGCAAUCAAGGAAGGAUUUCCAGACAAUCCUAAUGCUGAAUUGCACAUUUCAGCAAUGUGGUUGUUACCGUAUUUUGUCCUGAGUGGAUUAGCUGAGGCUUUCAAUGCUAUUGGACAGAACGAAUUCUUUUACACUGAGUUGCCUAAAAGCAUGUCCAGUGUAGCCUCCACGCUUCAAGGGUUAGGAUUGUCAGCCGCAAGCUUGGUAUCCAGUUUUAUAGUCAGUGCUGUUCGAGAUUUCACGAAAGGAGAAGCUCAGGAGAGUUGGGUUUCAAGCAACAUCAACAAAGGGCAUUAUGAUUACUAUUACUGGAUUCUUACAAUUUUGAGCUUGGUUAACUUCAUCUAUUAUCUUGUUUGUAGCAAGACUUAUGGUCCUUGCAGGCAAGAAAAAUGGUUUAACAGAUGACUGCUUUUGGUUACAGUUCAAGAAUUCUUAAUCAUAGCAUGCAUUUUUUUUUGUUACA